GAGAGAGCAGAGGAAAUACUCAAUCUGUGUCCCUCACUCCUGGGAGCCUGCCUUCUCACUCCAGGACUGCAAAAGGAAGCAAUCCCCAAAAUGAAGACAGCUUUCAUUUUGCUCAGCAUUUUGGGAAUGGCCUGUGCUUUCUCGAUGAAAAAUUUCCAUCGAAGAGCCAAGUUAGAGGAUCCUGAAGAAAAUGGGGUCUUUAAGUACAGGCCUCGAUAUUAUCUGUACAAGCACGCCUACUUCUACCCUCCUCUAAAACGAUUUCCAGUUCAGAGCAGUAGCGACUCCUCUGAAGAAAAUGGAAAUGGUGAUAGCUCAGAAGAGGAGGAGGAAGAAGAGGAGAAUUCAAAUGAAGAAGAAAACAACGAAGAGAAUGAAGAUUCCGAUGGAAAUGAAGACGAAGACUCCGAGGCCGAGAAUAUCACUCUUUCCACCACCACACUUGGCUACGGAGGGGACGUAACGCCGGGAACCGCGAGUAUAGGUCUCGCUGCCCUCCAGCUUCCCAAGAAGGCUGGGGAUAUAGGAAAGAAGUCUGCAAAAGAGGAAGAAAGUGAUGAAGACGAGGAGGAAGAGGAGGAGAAUGAAGAAAAUGAAGCAGAAGUGGAUGACAACGAGCAAGGCACCAAUGGUACCAGCACCAACAGCACAGAGGUGGACAGUGGCAAUGGCCACAGUGGUGGGGACAAUGGAGAAGAAGGCGACCAAGAGAGUGUCACUGAAGCCCAAGGAACCACCGUGGCUGGAGAGCAGGACAACGGUGGCGCCAAGACCACGACCUCUCCGAAUGGUGGGCUUGAACCAACACCUCCACCCCAGGACAUCUCUGGGACCACCCUGCCUCCGUCUGGGAAAACCACCACCCCUGAGUACGAGGGGGAGUAUGAACAGACAGGCGCCCACGAGUAUGACAACGGAUACGAAAUCUACGAAAGCGAGAAUGGGGAACCUCGUGGGGACAGUUACCGAGCCUACGAGGAUGAGUACAGCUACUACAAAGGGCGCAGCUACAACAGCUAUGGGGGCCACGAUUACUACUAGGUCCCUCGAAGGCCUGGACUGGAGCGAUUGCAUCCAUUCUGGCAUUUGUGUGUGUGGCUGCCAUUUUCCAAGUUCAACUCAGGAAGGUGCAAUAUAACAAAUGUGCGAAUUACACAACGGGGAAUGGUGCUCCUGUUCCAACGUGGUCUUCUGGACUUGCUUCUACAAGAAAUGGGCUUCUUAGGGCUUGUCCCUGGUGUGUUACCAAAAGGUCGUAAAGCAGGGCCCUUUAUCAAGGGGUAAACGAAGGCAUGAAAUUGUGGGCGCCGGAAUAUUUUGAGGCUGUAGUUCUAUAAACGGUAUUUUUAAGGUGUUUGCACCCACUGCUAAAACACACUCGUUGUGCAGGAGGUUCUUCCUGGAAGAGAGUUAUUGGCAUUCGUUACACCGCAAUAAAUGUGUAGUUGCUUAAUCACGAUACCUACCCGUCACUGUGUAUUAGGUUGAAGUAUCAUCCUCAUGUAUUUUUAUGUGACCUCCAUGUAUAUUCUAUCUAUGGGUUUAUCACAAAUAAAGAUGCAAUCCUUCAAA